CGUCCGCUGCUAUAAAGCUGAAAGUGUCAGCGGGAACAGAAGGAAAAGGGCUCGCGGGGACCAGCACGCGCGCAACAAUGGAGUUUGGGAUAUUGACGCUUUUUGCACUUUUCUCCUCGUUACCCAGCGGUCUGUCUUUGACACACAAAGGCGCGUGCCUUCUUCAAGUGGACGAGGGACCCUGCAGAGGACAAAUCGAACGCUACUUCUACAACACAAUCACGCAGAAGUGCGAAGUUUUCUACUAUGGGGGCUGCCUUGGUAACGCCAACAACUUCAGGAGUUUCCAAGAGUGCCAGAAAACAUGCUUUAGGAUCCCAAAGGUGCCUCAAAUCUGCAGGUUCCCUAAGGAGGAGGGUCACUGCCGCGCCCUCUUUCCCAGCUACUUCUUCAACAUGAGCACCAUGCAGUGUGAGCCCUUCUCCUAUGGAGGCUGUGGGGGGAACUCCAACCGCUUCACAGACCUGACGUCUUGCAUGGAUUUCUGCAGUCCACAAAAAUCCGUCCCCAUACUCUGUCUGGAUCCUCUGGACAAAGGAAAGUGUUCGGCCUCCAUACCGCGGUACUACUACAACAAAGCAACCAAGAUGUGUGAGGAGUUUGUGUACUCGGGCUGCGGCGGGAGCAGCAACAACUUUGUGUCGCGCCAGAGCUGCGUGGAUGUGUGUGUUAAAGGAGCCAAAAAGCACAUGCGGCUCAAAGGGAGGGAUCUUCUCCUGAAACGGCAUAAAAAGAGCCGCUUCAUGGCCUUCCGUGGGUAGACUGGCGUGACCCUGAGGCGGUCUCGCUCCUCCACCGCCAAAAUGUCGACGAGGUUGUUUACGACUGUAUUAAUAAUGCCUUAUUUUUCAUUAAAAGGGAUAUUUUUAUUGUGCAUUAAGAAG